GCUUGUUGCAUUUCUUAAAAUUAAUGUUAAAAUUUUCUUAAAUUCUUAAAAUGUUUAAAAACUCUUCAAAACAUGUUUAAAUAGCGUUUAGGGGGAGGUAAAAAUGCUGCCCAGCAAUAUUUGCCGUACGUGUGCCGUGCAGAACAACAAUUUGCUGCCCCUGUCCACUUCAUUGGACAAGCACACGAACAAAAGUUUCUAUGAUGCGCUCCAAGAACUGACGCAGAUCGAUCCUCUGCUGGAGCAUGCUGACGAUAAUCUGCCCCAGCAUCUGUGCGCAGAUUGCUUGGACAGGCUGGAAAACGCGUACGCCUUUGUGGAGCAGGCCAGAAAAGUCAAUGGGGAGCUGCUGGUACGGCUGAGGGAAUGUCUGGAGGAGAGCCCCAUUGACAUACCACAGCGGCAGAUUAAAACAGAGAUCGACAUUGAUGAGGAGCAACGAGACUUUACUGAUUCUGGGGAUCCACAAAGAUCGUCAGAUGUGGAUUUGGAGUCGGCCGGCGUGUGCUCCGUUGAGUUCAAAUGGACCCCAGAGAGCGAUGCGCUCUCAAACGAUGAAGAUGAAGACGUGGAUAAGCAGCAGUCGUACACCUUGCGGCGAAGUUCUCGCAUAGUCAAGCAACAGCCGGACAGUGAAGAGGAGGAAGGAGAAGGAGGCAAUCCAUCACCCAAUAAGCGGCGUCGUGGCCGUCCACCUGGUCUGGCCAAAAGCCAAUCCAGGAAUUCCGAAGGCCGUCAUGUCUGUGAGGUGUGUGGCAAGACGUUUUCCUGGUACCGGGACAUGAAGCGGCAUGCGCGCAUCCACUACGAGAAAGCCUCGUUCGUCUGCGACACCUGCGGCAAGGGAUUCCUGCGCAAGGACAAGUACAUGUUCCAUCUGCGCUCCCACGAGAAGCGAGAGGCCAAGUGCCAGGCCCUCCAGCUGAAGAACGUGUGGAGAUACGCCGAGCGGUUGUACAACUCUGGUCGGCUGAAGAGAAUGCAGUGCAAAUUGUGUGGCCUGAAGUGCCAGCGAAUGCAGGAGCUGCGAUCCCAUUUGGAGAGUCACACUCGCACGGACAGUUUGUUCAGUCUGCGUGCGGACAGCGAUGUGGUCAAGGAACACUUUGCCAGGGUGCCAUUGGAACUGGAAAAGAUCAAGGAACAAGUGUGCUCGGAAAUAGCCGCAGGGCUGCUGGAGAAGUACUCUUGUGUCGUCAACUUCCAUGGAUACGAACUGUGCCUGAGCGAUUCAGACGAUGAGCCGGCCGGUGGAGAGCCACCGUAUCACUGUGACCUGUGCAAUCUUUCGUUCACUCGGAAAUAUCGCCUGAUGCGUCACACACUGGAGGAGCACAGCCAAUCGCCCAUUGCCCAGCGCUGCAGCCUCUGCAAAGUGGGUUUCGUGUGUGCAAAGCUCUUUAAGCAGCACCAGCGCACCCAGUGCCAGAGCAAAGUGAAGCGCUAUCGCUGCCGCAAGUGUCCGGGGAAGUUCAUGUGGCUGGAGAAUCUGGAGCGGCAUGCCUGCUCCCAUCGCAGGGAGGAGCAGUCAUACAGGCAAAUCAUCUGCUGCCUGUGCGACGCACAGUUGCCCAGCUUGAGGCAGCUGCGCACCCACCUGGCCACCCAUGGACAUGGAUUGAGUGGCAUUGAUCCGGAGCAGAGGUCUGCCUUCUUCCGAUCUUACUAUCCCAAUGGGUUGAGUUGCAGCCUCUCCGAGCUAAGCUCCCGCAUAGCUGCUGACUACGAGGCCCAAGACUUUGGACGCUACUACAACGCCUGCACGGGAAGUGGUCAAGAGCUGGAUCUCUUCGACUCCGACACGGAUGAGAGCGAUGCAGACAAAACAGAGGGAAAGCCAAAACCCUCGCACACCUGCCUGCUGUGUGGAGAGACUGCCGAUCGUCUGCUCAAGCUGCUGCAACAUCAGAGGAGACUCCACUCCGAAGAGGGCACCACUUAUCCCUGCUCUUGCGAGGGGUGUGGAGCUGGCUUCGUGUCCGAUCCCUUGCUGCAGCAACAUCGCAGACGUUCCUGUGCCAAAAAGCACUCGAAUUACAACUGCCAGCGAUGCAAUCUUCAUUUCGUGUGGCAAUCAAACUACGAGCAACAUCUGCGAUUGUAUCACAACAAGCAGGAGCAGGAUCAGGAGCAGUCGGAGGACUGCCAGCAGGCUAUACAUAAACACAAAUCCCCACCCGCCAAGCUGCAGUGCGAUGAAUGUGAAAAGGUCUUCAUUUGGCACAAGGAUCUCACGCGGCACAAGCGAAUGCAUCGUCCUACGUCGGCAGCCCAAUUUGAGUGUGCCUUCUGCGAUCGCAAGUUCCAUCGCAAGGAUGGCCUCAAGUCCCACAUGCGGGUGCACAACGAGCAAGAGCAGGAGGCGGCUGUCAGUGAGGAGCAACCUUCUACGAACAGUAUUCAACGAAUGCCACGGGAGAAGCUGUCCCAACUCUGCCGUCCAAAUGGCUGCAAGCUAAUUCAGUGCAUGAUUUGCCUCUCGCGCCACUCGAAGAUUGCCGAUUUAAGGACACAUCUAGGCGGCCAUCAGUAUGGAGUGAGCUUUACACAGGAGAGAGAUAUUGCCAGUGCCUCGCGCUCAUUGUAUCCGGAACUAAGCACUGCCAUGGAGCAGCAGGAGCUGGUGGAGCGAAUCAUGAGCGAUGUGGCUAGCGGCGUGGAGUUGGAGCGAUUUAUUUCCAUAACCAACGAGGCUGGCAUUGAGCUCUCGCUGGAGAGCAGCGAAACGGAAACGGAUUCAGAGCAGGAGGAUGACGAGAGCUGCGAGGAAGCGGACCAGCAGCGGUACGUCUGCAACAUAUGCCAGUUGGAGGUGCGGCGAAAGCAUCAAUUGUAUGCCCACCAGUUGGAGCAACACCAGUGGGAGGAUGCGUUGCUUGAGUGCGCCCAUUGUCAGGCGAGAUUCGUCAGUGAGGCGCUGCUGGAGCAUCACUACAGAUCCCUCUGCCGGAACCCACAGAAGCGUUUCCAGUGCCGCAAGUGCCCGCUACGCUUCCGCUGGCGGGAGAACCUAAAGCUGCACGUCAGCACCUCCCAUCAGCAAAAGGAACUGCCCCCAGCUGGGGAGGAACCCAGAAUCCAAUCAGAAUUCGAGCUGCAGUGUGGAGAGUGCAAGCGCAGCUUCAAGAUGCAGAAAGAUCUCACGCGGCACACGCUGAUGCAUGCCCAGGAAUCGAGCAUUUAUCGCUGUCGGUGGUGUGCCCGCCGCUUCUACCGGAAGGCAAAUCUCCUGCAGCACAUCGAGCGGCACGGCAUCGGCGCUAGCCAGCUGUCCUACGCGGAAGCACUCCUCGAUGCCUAUGGCCAUGCCAAUGGCCAGAAGUGCGUGGAGUGCAAAGUGUGCAGCCUGAGCUUCCCCAGCAUCGCUGCCCUUCGCAUUCACCUGGGCAGUCACCACGAACUCACGUCCCUGCAGAACUACUCGAUAACCAACCAACUGGGAUUCGAGCUGGACUUGAAUGACUCGGAGACGGAUGAAGGGGAGUCCAAGCCAGCGGGCACGCCUGCCUUCUACACCUGUGGCAUGUGCCAACUGCGGUGUGUGCGAAAGUACGAGCUGCAUCAGCACCAGCAGGCCAUGCACAGGCUGGAGAAGAUACCCGAUGGCUGCGAUCGGUGCAUCUUUAAGAGCGUCUCUCCCGAUCUGAUCGCGCACCACAAGCGCGUGCAGUGCCACAACCAGGAGAAGCAAUUCACCUGCGCCAACUGCGGCUACAAGUUCAUGUGGGAGUCCAAUCUGCUGCUGCACAUGCAGCUGCAACAUGGAAAGACAGAGGAACAGGAACAGGAUCCACCCCGAGAGGAGACCGCGGAGCAGAAGACUGUGUGCCAAAUCUUUCAGUGCGGCCUCUGCCCGAGGAAGUACAAUCGAAAGGAUCGUCUGACGGCGCAUGUGAAGAAGUUCCACAACCCAGUGGUGGGGGCUCCAAGCGCCACACGGCCUCCCAUCCGACCAGCGUCACCUAAGGAGCCGAAACGAUUCCUUUGCGCCUUCUGUGGCAAGGCUGUGAGCUCCUCCUCUAACCUCAUCAUCCACAUGCGACGGCACACCGGCGAGAAGCCCUUCAAGUGCGACUACUGCGAAAUGGCCUUCCCUCGCUCCUCCGAUCUCCAGUGCCAUCGACGAACGCACACCGGCGAGCGGCCCCACAUCUGCACCGUCUGCCAGAAGGGCUUCGCCAGAUCCUACAAGCUGCAGCAGCACAUGCGCAUCCACAACGGCGAACGGCCCUACAAGUGCACCUACUGCGAGAAGAGCUUCACCCAGUCCAACGACCUGACGCUCCACAUCCGCCGCCACACCGGCGAGCGUCCCUAUCAGUGUGGCGUCUGUGGUGAGCGUUUCAUACAGGGCACUGCCCUGAAGAACCAUCGACUGCAGCAGGGACACUGUGACGAGGCCAGCCAAGAGGGUGCAGAGUCCUCAAGGCGCACGGUCCUCGAGCAAUUUACAGUCUAGAAACAACGAUGAAUAAAAAUGGAAUCCAAGUGUAA